AAAGCUCUUGCAUGAAACCGAAGUGAGAGGUAAGCCAGUCCAAGAUGUCGCCCAAACCCUGAGACUAGAGUGCAUCCAUAACGAAGUGACACGAGUGGUAUGUGUUCUUCAAACGUCAAACGCAAUAAAAAUUAAAUUAAUAUGCAAUUACAAAUAGGUACUGGUAAAUUGAAAAUGUAACCGAUAGAAGAUUGGAUAAUAUGUAUCGAGAUACACUAGCAGUUAGGCAUUUAGAGAUACAGUUAAGAGUGGUAAAAUUUUUGGAAAGCUUACACCAGUCAACAUCGAUUCUCUUGCAUCACAAAAGAUAGUGAACCCAAUUGAGUUUAAAGUUUUGUUUUCUAGUGUGCAUCAGCGAGCUAAAAUGGCAUAUGUCAUGAGAAGGAACCUUGCCGUUUUCAGGGCAGGGACGGCAGAUGGUCCAUCAUUCACCUCUUCGUGGACAGAAGACACCAACACGGAAGUUUGGCUGGUUACAAAUCCUGCGCUAUAUUAUCCUCUUCACCAAAGAGAAAAAUCGAAACAAGAAACAGAAGUUUUUUUAUGGAAAGCAAAUAUUUCAGCCAACUCCGAAGGGCACUCAAAGUUUAGAGGAAUCUACCUGAUGAAAAGUGGAGAGCAAUUGAAGAAAAACGUUACCUGGAACAUAACGAAACUCGAAAAAUGCAAAGGUGGAAUGUCCCUGAUGGAUUUCGGCACACUCGUGAGAGCCGUUUUGGUGUACAUGAAAAAUCAUUAUCCAACCACACCUGAUGAAUUCAACUUUCAAGCUGAAUUAAAAGCCGCAAGUCAUUGGUAUUGGCACCCAGGGAGCGAACAAAGCCUGUAUAAUAAGGACGGACAUUUAUCGUCGGAAACUAAGCAUCCAGAACCCGUUUUGGGUCCCCACAAAGAUCUGCGUGUGAAGAUAGCAGCACUGGAUACUUGCAAGAAAUGGGUUCGUGACGUGCAAGAAUUAAAGGAAUCGUCACUUCAUUUCCACAAUCUCAGCAUUGAAGAAGAUGAGGAAUAUUCAACUGACGAGGAUAGAAAGAACGAACUGUUUGAUGAUCUCGAGGAAAGUGUUUUUGAAUUGAAGACGUACUUCAGUUUUACAGACGAUGAACUAACCAAAGGGCAGACCCAGAUGCAAGCACCAGAGGUUCCUUUGUCAUCCAAGAUGCCGGCUGGCCAGUCCAUUUGAAGCUAAGUCAUUCGGAAACCAGUGAAAAUCAUGCAGAAAGGUUUACCGAUGAAACGUAAUUCCCCAUAACAACUUUUUCACCAAAAGUUCAUUCACUGACUACGUCUGAGCAUAUACUCGGUUUGAAAUAUGUUUAAGGACAAUGUUGUUCAAAUCAGCUGUUGUAGCACAUAUGUUAGCACAUAUGUUAGGAUCCUUCUUUUUUCUAAGUUCUAUCAUUUUAUUCAAAUUAUUUCUUUGGAACAAGUCAUAAUUACAUUGUGUAAUUUUGUUAUCGUUUUUCCUCGAGUUUAAGUUGUCAAAAGCAUAAUUUUCAAAUAAUUCUUACAAAAGAUUUAUUCCUAGACACUUAAUUAUCUGCCACCUCGAAUAAGUUAAACGCCAAGUUCUGGGCAGUGGAUGUUCAAAAGCGAGUAUCACUUUGAAGUCGACCUUUUUGCCACAACGUAGUUAGCGUAAAUUUUGAUAAUGUUGUUUACAGUUUUGGAAUUUAUUGCAUGGUGUAAAAAGUGUAAAUAUUUCUGGCCAUAUGUUGUAAAUAUUACCUUUUAAAACCGAUCGCCUGUGUGAUCUUUGCUUGGGGACAAAUAGAGACUGUGGCUCAUGGUAAGGUGUGCGUUUUCGUGAACAUGUUGUAGUAAAAGAUGAUAAAUAAUAUUUUCUAAAGGAUUUGAUUGCAGUACUUAAAUGCAAAAAUUUCGUUGGAAAAUGUUUCGCGCGCAUUUUUUUGCAUUUUUUCAUCCCUGCUUGGGUUCCCUUGAUGAAGCCUUCCAGCUCACGAUCAUCAAGGCAGGCAAAGUGCUUACUUUCUUCUU